AUGGCCAAUCUCCCGCCGCAGUACCCCCUCUUGGGCCAGGCGGCGCCCUACAACUCAAAGCUCCUGGACCCCGGCGGCAAAAUCGCCGGCGGCUGGCUCCCGGAGCCGUCCUCGUACAUGCCGCUCCUGGCGACGGCAUAUGCCACGGAGACACAGCUCGACAAGUCCCGCAAACGGUACCGGGCCGCGCCGGGCGUGCCGGGCACCGCGCUCCCGCCAGCACGGCCCGACUCCGGCGACGAAAUGAUCAUCACCGACUGCGAGGCGGCAGGCGACCAGCAGCACGGGCACGUGCACCCGCCCAAACGGCGGCUCACGGCCUCCGCGGGCCCCGAGAUGCUGGGGCCGGGCGUGGGCCCGGCGCCUGCCGGCGGGCCGCAGUCGAGCCCCGCAAACGCGGGCUCCGCCCACUCUUGCCGUGGCGAAAGAGACGCCCGUGACCACGUGCACCCGUGCACGCCGCAGCUCGCCGAGUCGCCGUCCCACUCGCCCAACUCGCCCGUGUCGGAGAUGGGCGACACCACGCAGCAGUUGGUGCUCCCGCUGCCGCUGGCGUCGCCCGUCCAGAGCACGGAUGCGGGCGCCCGGGAGGCGGCCGAGACCGCGUUGGAGCAGCAGCUCCUGCGCGUGCCCACGACGCAGGGCGAGCUCGUCGACAUGAUCGUCGGCUUGAGCGGCUUUGUGCUGGCGCAGAACAGGAACCACCUCGUGUUCCAGCUCCUCCAGAACGUGGGGCGCCUGCUGCUCCUGGCGUUGUGCGGCGCCAUCCAGAAGAGCCUCGACCACGACAUCUUGGCGGGCUUGCCGCUCGAGCUCGCACUCAACGUGCUCCUGAUGUUGGACGCGCGCUCGCUUUUGGCCGUGGCGCAGGUCUCGCGCCGCUGGCACGCGUUGGUCGCCAACACCAAGCUCUGGUGCUACUUGCUCCGCAGGGACAACUUGCUUGCGAGCGACGCGGCCGUGGCACGCGAGUUGGCCGACCCGGCCAAGUUGUUUGCCGAGUGGGCGUCGCCGAGCCCGCACUUGACCCAGGUCAACUACGCGCAGCUCCUCUACAAGAAGCGCCACUUGAUCUUCCGCCGGUGGAUGGACCCGGCCUACGAGCCCAAGCGCAUCAGCAUCGCAGGGCACGGCUCCAACAUCGUCACCUGUCUCCAGCACGACGAGGAGAAGGUCAUCACCGGGAUCGAGGGCAAGCUGAUCAACGUCCACUCCACGCGCACGGGCCAGCUCUCGAAGCUCCUCCAGGGCCACGAGGGUGGUGUGUGGGCGCUCAAGUACUUCUCCAACACGCUAGUGAGUGGCUCCACGGACCGCGACGUGCGCGUCUGGAACAUCCGCACGGGCCGCUGCACCCACGUGUUUCGCGGCCACACGUCCACCGUGCGGUGCUUGGACAUCUUGCACCCGGUGCAGAUCGACGUCAACGAGAACGGCCAGCCGGUGGUCUUCCCUGAGGUGCCUCUCUUGGUCACGGGCUCCAGAGACCACAACUUGCACGUGUGGAAACUCCCGCUCGAUAACGAGCAGCCAAACGGAGACGAGAUCACGCAAACACAAACCUUCGACUCGAAGGACCCGAACAAUCCGUACCUUGUGAGCAUUCUUUCGGGCCACACCCAAUCCGUGCGGUCAGUCACGGGCUACGGCAACAUCGUUAUCUCGGGCUCGUACGAUACCACUGUUCGAGUUUGGGACUUGCGCCAAGGAGGCAGGUGUAAACAUGUCCUUGAAGGGCACACAGAUAAAAUAUACUCCACCGCCUUGAACUUCAAGACGAAGCGCUGUUUUUCCGGGUCCAUGGACCUGUCAAUCAAUGUAUGGGACUUUGAAAAGGGAAAGUUGUUGUACUCGCUCGAGGGCCACAACCUUCUUGUUGGGCUCCUUGAACUCUCGGAGAAAUAUUUGGUCUCGGCCGCAGCAGAUUCUACCCUUCGUGUCUGGGAUCCCCAAACGGGUGAGAAUCUAAGCAAAUUGAAGGGUCAUAACAGUGCCAUUACGUGUUUUCAACAUGACGGCUUGAGGAUCGUGAGUGGGAGCGAGCGGAUGCUUAAACUCUGGGAUAUCAAGACCGGCAAGUUUGUUCGAGAUUUGCUCUCGGAUAUCACUGGAAGUAUAUGGCAAGUGAGCUUUGAUGCUGACCGGUGUGUCGCUGCGGUCCAAACCAACCGCAACGACGCCGAAGAAACUUACAUCGAGAUAUUGGACUUCAGUACGCCGUUGAACGAAACAAGAGAGCUUUGA